AUGUGUCUCUCAAUCUGCCACGCCCAUACUUGUCCACAUUUGUCGUACAUUAAUCAUCUUUGCGAACCUAAUGCCUACCCUCCAACUUGUCCGUUCCGCAAAGAGGAAAUAAAACACUUGGAAAGGAAAUGUGUUCGCUGUUUGAAGGAAGACGGAAUCUAUAUCAAAAAAGAAUCGCUUCAGAAAGCAAAGACAAGAAGACUGAGUGAAGCGGCCGCAAUUAGAGAAGGUACAAUUCUUACUCUUAAGAGAUUAGAACAAGCUGAAGAGUUUGUGAAAGAAGAAAAGAGGCAAAAUAUGAUAAGAAGAAGACACACGGAGAAGGUUGAUAAGACGCGCAAGUGUGUGAUUAUGUGA